UUCCGUACGGUGAAAGCUAAUCCGCGAAUGUGUUUCAAGUCGAUAAUCGGUCAAGUUGUUCGAGAUUUAACUAUGUGGCGAGUGUAUAUAAUGCUGUGUCACCGCCCACUAUCGAAUUUAUCGUUUGGACGAAAUCCUUUCAUCGUCGUUAUCUAUUUACGUGGUUUACCGAGUUCUGUCUUCUUUGAAGAUCUAUGAUGGUAGCAGAGGGGUUGGGCCCGGAGCCUAGCACCGAUCUCGUAUGGGGGUGCGGGGGCGUUGUCCCCUGGUGCAAUACAAACCAAUCGACCGCAACUUGAUAAAUCGAUAUGACUUGGAGGAGUAUAUAAUGGAAGAUAUAGUGCCAUUGAUCUCGUCUGAAGAAUUGUGCUCUCUUGAGGCAAAGCUGUAUUCGUUCUUCAAGGAUUACACCUGCCUCCUUGUUUGAGCAAAGACAAGUUUAUGAUUGAAAAUUAUGAUUACAUAUGAGCACGAUCCUGAUGUUGUUCGGUGGGGUCUCCAUCUUCUUGAGGGUGAUCUUUUUCAAAAUUCUGGAUAUUGUGGAGCUGUCACUCAACAUGAUACUAGCUACUAUACUGAACAGUAUGUCAGAGAAGAUCAUUAUGAUACAAAACAUAGCAGUGUAGAGAAUGAUGAGAUUAUUGCACAUGCCCUUCAGGAAGAGUUAUCACAACUUGCAGUAGCUGAAGCAUCUGGAACUUCCAAUGCUGCUGGUGAAGAGCAGUUACAAGCAUCAAUUCUUGCACAAGAUUGGCUUGGUCCAUCUAUGGGAAAUUAUAGUUCUGGGCAUGAAAGUGGCCAGGAUGAGACUGAUGAUAUGGGACCCUCUAGUUCAUGUUCUAGCCCUGAAGAGAAAUCAUACAAUGGGGACGACUGGUCUAACCCCUUAGAGAUAACAGAUGAAUCUAUGCUUGAUGGUGAAGUAGGAAAGAGGUUGAAUCAGAUGGUUCCAAUUCCUCAUGUUCCUAAAAUUAACGGAGAAAUCCCAUCUAUUGAUGAAGCAACUUCAGAUCAUCAAAGACUGCUAGACAGAUUGCAAUUAUAUGAUCUGGUUGAGCUCAAGGUUCAAGGAGAUGGUAACUGUCAGUUUCGUGCCUUAUCAGAUCAGUUCUAUCGUACUACCGAGCACCACAAGUUUGUGAGACAACAAAUUGUUGAUCAGCUCAAGUCCCAUCCAGACAUUUAUGAAGGAUAUGUUCCUAUGGCUUAUAGUGACUACUUGAAAAAGAUGUCCAAGUCUGGUGAAUGGGGUGAUCAUGUCACAUUACAAGCUGCUGCAGAUUCAUAUGGCAUUAAGAUAUUUGUCAUAACAUCUUUUAAGGACACCUGUUACAUUGAGAUUCUUCCCAAUAUUCAGAAGUCAAAACGAGUUAUUUUCUUGAGCUUUUGGGCAGAGGUUCAUUAUAACUCAAUUUAUCCAGAAGGAGAUAUGCCUGCAUUUGAAACUAAAAGAAAGAAAAGGUGGUGGAUCUUUGGAAAUUAGCAUUAGAGGGGAAUGGAUGGAUGUAAUUGUGAAUGCUAGUUGUGGGUUACAUAUGGCUCCUCUUCCUCCUGCCUUGUGCUGCUCUCGUGUAUAUUUGUUUCACCUUUGGAAGAAGCUUCAGCUUUGAGUUGACAAAUCUACUGCUUGGGGCAUCUCUCGGUGAAUUUUUUGGAGCAGAUCUCCCAUUGUUUGGUAAUGUGAUGGAUGUGAUGAGGGCCUGCGUUUUCUCUUAUUUUCCCAGCCGCUGCAGCUGCACAUUAGCUCUUUAGCCUUGUAAAUACCUUCUCCUUUUUGCGGUACUAGAAUUUUUUCUUUAUAUUAUAUAUAUAUAUAUAUAUUUUUUUUUUCAUAUGUAAAACAUCUGUUCUCACUAGCUACUCAUUUAGUGCUUUAGAUUUUAGCC